AUGCAUACGGGAGAGAAACCGUAUACAUGUGAAUUUUGUAACAAAACCUUCUCGUAUAAGGGGAGUUUCAAAGGACAUUUACGUACGCAUACUGGUGAGAAACCAUAUGCCUGUGAAAUUUGUAACAAAGCCUUUUCAGAUUGUGGGAGUUGUAAACAGCAUUUACUGACGCAUACGCAAGAGAAACCCUAUGCAUGUGAAAUUUGUAACAAACCCUUUUCGAAUAAGAGGAGUGUGUUUAGACAUUUAAGGACGCAUACGGGUGAGAAAAAGUAUAUAUGUGAAUUUUGUAAAAUGCCCUUUGCAUAUAAGGGUGAUCUCACAAGACAUUUACGUACGCAUACGGGAGAGAAACCAUUUGCGUGUGAAUUUUGUAAGAAGCUCUUUUUGGAUAUGAGGCAUUUGAAAACUCAUUUACGAACGCAUACGAAAGAAAAAUCAUAUGCAUGCGACGUUUGUUAUACAGCUUUUUCUCAUAGUGCGAGUUUGAAAAGGCAUUUACAGACGCAUACGGGCGAGAAACCGCAUGUGUGUGAAUUUUGUAAGAAACCCUUUUCGGAUAAGAUGUAUUUGAAAAUUCAUUUACGGACGCAUACGGGAGAGAAACCAUUUGCGUGUGAAUUUUGUAAGAAGCCCUUUUCGGAUAAGAGGCAUUUGAAAACUCAUUUACGGACGCAUACGAAAUAA